CAGCUGGCUCUCACCUUCUCUGGCUGCGUUAACUCGAAGUUCCAAUCGGAACUUUGAUGGCAGACGUGCGUCGUUUGUUGAGCGGGUAGUGGCACAAAUAAAACCAUAAAAAGCGUAAUUUUAAUUAAAUUAAGACAAUAACAACAACUGUUUAUGGGACUUGGUUGCUUCGCCAUAAGUAACACCAAACUCACACACGCGCCCGUAAAUUUCAAAACAUCUGUCUGUACGGAUGCGGGUGCACAGAAGUGAAAUUUUGCAGCGACAAGUGAAAGAGAAACGGAGAAAGGUAGCAUCAGAGCCAACUGUAAGUCCUGGCCAUGUCAUCAGUGGACUUCGAGAUCAACAGCUGCCGUUACAACAACAACACGUACGGAUAUGCGAAUAACAACAGCGUUAUGCAGAAGCCAGCACCCUUCCCCUCGGCGCCCACCGCCACGCAGCUGAUCCAGGUCAGCUGUUCCGAAGGUCUGGAGGAGGACGCACUGGCCAGCUGUCCGGCCAGCAUACCCGAUCCAUCCUCUGCCGCCCUCGCACUGGAUUCUCCGGAGGACAGCGAGUGCGAUCCCUUUCUCGCCAGCAACGCCACCAGUCGAAGGGUCACCCGCUCCUCCUCCGUGCUUCGCAGCCGGAUGCGUUACUCUUGGUGGGGGCGCGCCAACGGAUUCCUUACCCGAAACUGGUACCUGGGCUGUCUAGUGCCCGCCUCUAUUCUGGGCGCCCUGAUCUUCAUCGGCUGGGCGACACGGGACUACGCCCGGCGGCUGCUCUUCUGGAUCGAGGUGCAGAACCCUUGGCUGACUUUCGCCGUGUACAUGGUGCUCUUCGCUCUCGUCAGCUUUCCUGUGGUGGUGGGCUACUUUGUCUUGCUGAUCACCUCCGGAUACCUGUUCGGCUGCCUUCGCGGCUGGCUCACCGUCAUUGUAGGCGCUAAUCUGGGCAUCGCUGUGGCCCAUGCCACCAUUCGCAGCUGCCGGCACCGCAUUCCCGUGCAAAGGCUUAUCAAGAAUGAAACGGGGCGAGCCAUUCUCCGCGUGAUAUCUGGACCAAAGGCAUUUAGGGUGGUGCUCUUCACACGACUUACCCCCAUUCCCUUCGGAGUACAGAAUGUGAUAUUCGGAAUCAGUUCCAUCAAUACGAGAGACUACCAUGUGGCCACAAUGAUUGGGCUUCUUCCAGCCCAAACUAUCAAUGUUUACUUGGGCUCCACCCUAAGGUCCAUGCACGAAGUGCUUAAUGACAAUAAUACCAAGUUGACAGGCUACAUUAGCUUUGUCAUUGAGGUCAUUUGUGGCGUUGUUCUGAUGUUCUGGGUUGUCCAAAAGGCGAGGAAGGAAUUAUCAGAGACGCUGUUAGCUGCUGAUUUUAAUAAUGAGGACAAACACCAUGACAUACAAGUUUAGGAGGAGCCAACGUGGAAAGGAGAGCCCCCACAAAAAACAUGAGAGCUUUUUCAGCCCAAGUAUAUCUCCUGGACUGCAGGUCAAGACUGCAUUUUUGCAUUAACUAUUUUAAGCAAAGGUGAUUUUCAAAGUUUUUUGUAUUUUAUUCUAUGCUCAAAGCAAUGCCAUCGAUACCAAACAUUACGCUAUUCUAAGCAGUUACACGUUUUCUUUGAAACCGCGCCCAAAGGAAGCCACCACGCUCCACAUCACAAUUUAAUUUUUAAAAUUAAGUAUAUUUAUUACUAAGUAAAAGCCUUGGUCAAAAAUCGCUUACUUUAGGAAAAGAUUAUCGGUCAUAAUGCUGCUCUAUAACGUUGUUCAAUUACUAGAUUGUAAGCAAAUCGAAUAAAUGAGCUCUGAAGUACAAUUGUCAGGCUAAUAAGACUA